GGGAUUGAAGCCCCACAGCUCCACUCGACCAGAGACAAACAAAACACCCUCGACAUGGGCUCAGAGUGUUCUAGGCUGUGUGUUAGUCGUCCAUUGCAUCGUUCCCAGGUGCCAUAUUUCACUGUGCUUUUCCCCAUCUUUCACCCAGCUAGCUUGCGCUGCCUCUCACAAAUCGCCCACUCCCUCCAAGCCUUACCCUUCGAAAACGUGCAAUUCCCAAGCAAUAGCUCACCUCAUUCAAUUCUGCCCCGGCCAAAGCGAUGAAAGAACACGCAGCACACUGGCAGCUUGCACUGCUAGGCGCGGAAUUCUGGAACGACGUGGAGACGAGAAACCAGCCUGUCCACGACCUCAUUGAUACGGUUCAUGACCAAACUCUCCAUACCCGUUUCCCGUUCAACCUUGUUAGUGAGGAAAACAGCCGUGCCCGGUCACUUACUGCCGGAGCUGGAGCUGCAGCCGGAGCUGGAGCUGGAAGUGCUGGUGACAGAGCUCCUUCCCCGGACGUUGUUGACAGCAACAACACUUCCUCCAAUUCUUCAGACAAGCCGCGGCGCCGUCGCCGCUACAGCAUGAGCGAUGUCUUUACCAGAAUCACCGCAUCCAAUACCCCAGAACUGACCCUGACCAUGGCCGGAUCGCGCAAGGCCGAGCGUGCGAAGCGUUCGCGCUCCGAGAGCCGGACUCGCUCCCAGGAGCAGCAGUCACCGCAGCAGCAGCAGCAGCCUCAGCCAUUUAGCCGGUCCUCCAGCACAGCGUCCAACAGGAACAACCAAAGCACCGCCUCGCUCCUCCGCUCCGCGCUCCAGCGCUUGAGCCGUAAGAGAAUGGGGUCCGGCGAGGAGCAGAUGCCGACGCCUGUGAACUCGGAGACUGCAGCGGCUGGAGAAGUCGGACAUCGCUCCCAUCCCCAACCUCAACAGCAAGCGCAGCAAGUACAGCAAGCCCAAGCCCAAGCACAAAGCCCGCCCAUCGUCUUCUUCACAGCCGAGCAAGCCACCCCGACCAACCCGCUCCUAGAAUUCCGCGGCGGCGCGACCUGGGCUCGAUUCCCGCGGAACCGACGUUCAUUGGGGAUCGAUGUCUACUUGCCUAUCGACAAAUCCCCAUCUGCUACCGCCACCAUCGCCGCAGCGGAUUCCACAGCGCAGACCGAAGAACAGAACCACGGAGAAGACGAACACGAGCAAGAGGAAAAGCACGAGGACGAAGACGAAGAAGAGGUAGAAGAGCGCGUCGAGGUCCUGCCCGUGGAGCAACUGUUCCCGCUCAUCCACUUCCGGCACCUCCGCUCCCUCAAGAUCACCGGCAUGGUGCAGUCGUACCAGAGGUACAUCUGGCAAGCGGCGUGGCUAAACACGGGCCUCGAAGAGCUGGAGCUCAGCAUGGUCUGCACCCCGCGCCUCCGCCGGUCCUUCGCCGGGAACUGGCCGUACAUCAAGGGCGGAUGGACGAUGAAUCCCACCCAUUACAGUGCCCCUGUCUACUACGGCACCGGCGCCGGCACCCUCCCGCGCACCAUCGGCGAAGGCGAAUACCUGGACAAGAUCGCCCUCGAGAAGGCCAAAAUCUGCGCCAUGGUGCAAGGCCCCACGCGCAACCGGCUGUCGAUCCGCACCCUGACGCUGACGGGCUUCGUGGUCGACGCCGACCCCUUCCUGCUCUGGUUCGACGCCACGCGGCUCAAGUGCCUGCAUUUCAAGGACUACUGCGUCGACGCCGGGUUCUAUCUGUGUGAGGCCAUGCACCGCGUCUCCGUGCUGUAUCCCCGGCUGUUACUGGUUGAUGAGGAAGGCCGGGAGGCCGUCGUCGCGCGCCGGGUGAAUCUGUGGAAGGAGUUGAGGGUCGUGCAGCUACGGGGUGGACGGAAGGUUGGGCAGAUGGCGUACACUGGGCCGGGGUGUUUGGAUAGGGAGAUUCCGGAGGGGGUGGGUGGUGCUGGGCAGGAAGAGGAAGAGGAGGACGGGACCGAGGGUGCUGAUGCUCCUGCUGCUGUUCCUGCUCCUGCUGCUACCGAGUAAGCGUAGAGGAACAGAAGGACUAACUUAAGCCUAGGACUUUAUGUUUCAGGCAACUCACCACCUUGAUUUCUUACUGAGCGAGCGGGGCGUCCUUCCUCGGGGAGUAUGUU